AUGAACCGAUGCCGAGAAGCAGUGGCAGUGUUGGCAGCCGCACUGCUCCGCGGUCUCCGGUCCCCUCGCACUGAGACCAUCCAGACGUUUUAAAUGUGUUAACUCGCUGCGCAUUUAUAAUGAUUACACCAGCAGUCUCCUCUUUCUCAGUAGCGACGCCGGAGCUGAAAUGAAGGCAGGGGCUUCAUCCAUGUGGGCUUCUUGCUGUGGUCUGCUGAAUGAAGUCAUGGGUACAGGGGCCGUCAGGGGCCAGCAACCAGGGUUCGGCGCUGGUGCAGGACCCUUCAGAUUUGCCCCCAGUGCAGGAUACUCCACAUACCCGCCCACAAGCUCAGGGAGUCCCAGUCCUGUAUGCAAGGCCUGUGGCCAGGCCUUCUCAGUGUUCAGGAGGAAGUAUAUUUGCAGCGACUGCAAGAAGAGCUUCUGCUCUCUGUGCUCAGUGCUUCAGGAGAAUCAUCGCAUUUGUGCCACUUGUCAUUUGCUGAAGGCAACAGCCUUUCAGCGGCCGCGGCUCAUGCGCCUUCGAGUGAGGGACCUGCGUCAGUAUCUGCUGCUGCGCAACAUACCCACGGAUACCUGCAGGGAAAAGGAAGACUUGGUUGACCUGGUGCUCUGUCACCAAGGGAUUGACGAGGAGGAGGACCAUGACACGGCCAGCCUCCACUCACGGUCCCUGUUCACAUCAACUUCUUCCACCACACAGUCUGCUUCAGAGCUGUCUGCCUUUGUUGCCUCUCAGGAGGAACAUCUCAGCAGUAGUGAUAGCUCCGACACCAACCAGGAUAUAGGUGAUGCCACAUCAGUGUCUCUCCUUAAUUUGGACCCCAGUGAACACACUCCUGAGGUGAGUCCUCAGACACGGCGCUGGGCCAGAGCGUCCCUCUCUGACAUCUCCAGUGUGGAGGACAUCGAGGAUCUGUCUGUCAGGCAGCUGAAGGAGAUUCUGGCCAGAAACUUUGUCAACUAUUCAGGGUGCUGUGAGAAGUGGGAGCUGGUGGAGCGUGUCAGCAGACUGUACCGAGAGACAGAGGAAAACAGGAAAUCAUUGGAAAAUGUGAGCAGUGCUGUAACCACAGUGAUGGCCUUCCCCCCUCCCGUCUGCAACGGUGCCAUCAAAGAUAGUGAGAACUGUCCACUGACUAUUAACGACGACAACCUGUGCCGUAUCUGCAUGGACGCCGUGAUCGACUGUGUUCUCCUGGAGUGUGGUCACAUGGUCACUUGCACCAAGUGUGGCAAGAGGAUGAAUGAAUGCCCCAUCUGCAGGCAGUAUGUUGUGAGGGCUGUGCAUGUCUUUAAAUCCUAACCCACCACUGCAGCACCACUGCACCCGUUACAGACUGAGACUGUACCUUAACUCAGCAAUGCAGCUCAUAAACUCUGGAUCCCCAAAACAAUCAUUUCGUGGAUGUUUUUUAUUCCCCAGAUUCCCUAAAGGUUCAUGUCAUGUGCACAUUGAUAAAUGGGAAACGUUUGUUUUCUGCGUGUCCUCCCACUCUUUGAGAGUUUGACCAUUUGGUUUGGGUAGUUAGCAGAGAGGGUCGCCAGCUUCCAGUUGAGCCAGUCCACAAGUAAACAUAUGUUUUCGUCCGUCUUCAUUCAUAAAUGUCCGUUUUGAUUCUCUGACAGUUUCUCAAAGCCAAUAAUGUGCGGCAGGAGCCAGGUGGAGUCUUGUUAAACACAACCCCCUCAGACCUGCUUGUGGACCAUAGGUGGCACUCAACCUCACUUUACAAUUGCUGCAAGUUGAUUACAUAUCUUAGUAACAAUAAGGCAUACUCGUACUGAGCCUCAAUAGAGGAGAGAGGUGAGUUAACUUGGUGCCAAAUAACUGAGGUCCUGUCUUUUUGCUUAUCACCCAUGUUUUAGUUUUUUUUCUCAGCUGUGGAGGAAGAACAGUGUUGAACUUUUAUUUUAGACCAGAAAGCAUGUUGUUAGCACUGUGUGUUAAAACGCCACCACCUCACUGCACAAUAUGAAUGGUAAUAGUGACUGAGGUAAUGUGUACUAGUUCCUGAAUGCUUGACUGAGAUGAGCUAUCCAAAAAAGAAAAAAGAUUAGAACUUCUCACAAUUUAUAGAUAUUGAUCAUGAGGAUUUGUUACAGUCACUGAAUUAUUGAUGAUAUGGUUAUACUACGCAUGCUUCUUUUAAUUCUUUAGACAUUCAAAUGAUCUGUCAUCACAGCAAUAGCUCACCUCCACCGUCUCAUCUGUCCAGUCUCAGCUCUUCAGUGGAGACAAACUAUAAAAACUGGUGCUAACUCAUCUAAACAUCUUCCCUGUUUUCUAGCAGAGCUGUGGACGUGAAACUGAAUGUUUUGUUGUCGGGUGUGGGUUGAGAUGUCUUAAGACUUUUCAGAUGAUUCUCAUGUAGGAGUCAUGUAUUGAACUAAAUAUUCAAGUAAUAUAAGUAAUUACGAGUUUACUGACACCUGUGGUAUAGAAAGUAUAUAGAGAUAAUAACUUGCUAAUGUAUAUUUACAUAUAUUGAUCCAUAUCAGAUGUGUAUAUAUUGAUAUUUUGUUUUCCAUUUGAUUCAAAUUGGUAAGUACCAAAUAGCUAAAAUGUCCCUGGAAUUGGGUUUAUUUUUUAACAAAUGUAUGAUUUUCCUUUGUAAAUGGUUUGAAAUGUGUUUUAAUUUGCAUUAAUUUGCUUGUGCUCGCUAUCUUUUUUGAACCAGAGCAUGACGAGGCUUUAUGACAAUGGUUUUGUUUCUUCAUUCUGCUUAUAAUGUAGGAGUGUUGAGCUCUGUAUGUCCCCACAAAGUUAAUAUUGCUGCUAUCAAGGUAAAAAAAAAAAAAAAAGUCCUCUACAAUCAGUGGCGGAGCAGUUUGCACUUUUUCUUUUAAAGAAGCUAUAGUUGUGUGCAAGGUUUGUUCUUUGUAUUUGGGAAUGUUAAACUUUUUAUUUUGGUU